UUGGGUUUGUAGAGGUUGGUAGCCCGUAACGUAGUAUUGUGAUUUGUUGUGUGCAGAGUUCUAUUAGCGUAGAGGUUAUGCCUGUGGAAAAUAUGGAGGAAGAAGGAUUAGAUAAAAAUCCGAAUCUUAUGCUAGCGCAAUGGCGAUUCCUUUUAAGCCUGCCAGAGCACACAAAUGAUACCCAAGUGAAACACCAAUUGCUGGAAGCAAUUACUCGUGACAACAUGGCACCAUUCUAUGAGGAGUGCUGCAGUUCUCUUGGCUGGCCACUUGAUGAAGAAUUGAUGUCAAGAAUGCAGGCAGCCAAUACCCAGAGACUCAAAGAACUAGAUGAAGCAAUUGAAGAUGCAGAGAAAAAUCUUGGUGAAAUGGAAGUAAGAGAUGCUAAUUUGAAAAAGUCAGAGUAUCUCUGCAAGAUUGGUGCGAAGGAUUUAUCAUUGCAGUGUUUUAGGAAAACAUAUGAAAAAACGGUCUCUCUUGGAAACCGUUUGGACAUAGUUUUCCACAUAAUACGAAUAGGUCUGUUUUAUCUGGAUCAUGAUCUGAUAACUAAGAAUAUUGACAAAGCAAAGAGUUUGAUAGAUGAAGGUGGUGAUUGGGACAGAAGGAAUAGGCUGAAAGUUUACCAAGGAACGUACUGUAUGGUUAUCAGAGAUUUCAAAAGUGCAGCAGCUUAUUUCCUCGACACGAUUUCUACUUUUACAUCGUAUGAACUCAUGGACUAUAAUACAUUCGUGCGUUAUACUGUUUAUAUUAGCAUGAUAUCACUACCUCGUAAUGAACUGAGGGACAAGAUUGUUAAAGGCUCAGAAAUUCUAGAAGUGUUGCAUUCAAAUACAGAUGUGAAAGAUUAUUUAUUUUCACUGUACAACUGCCUUUAUGCUGAUUUCUUCAAAAAUUUAGCUCAUGUUGAGGGACUUCUUAAGAGAGACUAUUUUCUGAAUCCACACUACCGCUUCUAUGUACGUGAGAUGAGGAUUAUGGCAUACUCACAGCUAUUAGAGUCAUAUCGCAGUCUAACACUGCAGUACAUGGCUGAUGCUUUCGGUGUUACUAUUGACUAUAUCGAUCAGGAACUGUCAAGAUUUAUUUCUGCUGGAAGAUUACAUUGUAAAAUUGAUAAAGUCGGUGGCGUAGUAGAAACAAAUAGACCUGACUCAAAGAACUGGCAGUAUCAAGCAACAAUUAAGCAAGGUGAUAUUCUCUUGAAUCGUGUGCAGAAACUUUCGAGAGUGAUAAACAUUUAAAUCCUUUGGCCGAGGUGCAUCAGUCAUAAGUGAGACUAAUAACUAUAAAUUAAAUAACUUGUUGUGCGGACUGCGUGGUUUCGUGUGACUGUUGUUAACAGUAAUUUUCAUUGCCAUAACAUCUAUGUCUAGAAACUGCAGUGUUGUACUGACUUAGAGAUGUGCAAAUAGUUUAAUCACAUAUGAGUUGCAAAGUUUUGCAAGUCUUCUGGUAAAGAUUUGUAAUUUAUGGAGCGGAUGUGUGAUUUUUUUUCUUUGGAAAUCAGUCUGUGUAACUUAAGAUGUACAUGCACAUGCUCAAUGUGUGUUAUUUUUUGUUUCUAUCAGCUAUUUUAACAGCAUCUUAUAAGAAAGUCAUUGGGUGGAUGGUAGUUUCAUUUGAUUGUACACCAUUUUGUUUGAUAUCCUUUAAUCUUUGCUUGACUUCAGUUAAAUGUCAGCUGAAUGUCUUAUUUUGUUUGCAGAGCAAUGCAUAGUGUAAAAUAUUGUUUAGAUGCUGUUACAUGACAGUGUAUUAGUACUGUCAUCAAAGUUUUCAUUAUUAGAAAGACUUGGAUAUCACUAUGAAACAUAAGCAUUCAAUGUUUAAAGUUCUGUUAAAUGCCUUGUAAAAGCAAUGAAAAUAACCUUUCUCAGACACUUGCAUUGCUUCCAUGAAACGCAUGCCCUCUCUUGGUACAAAAAUAUUUAUUUCACUAUCUCUGAAAGAUUGUUCAGUAUAAUGUCUUUUGAUUCCACAAAGAACAAUUGCCAUUCAGUGUAUCAUGUGCUUGACAUGUAAUGCUUCCAUUAACCUGCAGUGUUGUUUCAAAAGCUUUACAUGAAAAGCUAAUGAUACUCAAAUUUUCCAGUGGUGAACUAGUUGAAUUUUUUCAUAUGGUAUUUAACGCCCUAACAGUCAUGAUAAAUUUGUCAUUCAGGUUGGUACUUUCAAAUCUAGGCAUCUUGUCAAGAAAUGGAGAAUACGUUAAGAGUAAAGCUAAAUGUGGCUGCUUUAGGGAACAAGUAAUAGAAACAAAAAUGCUGUUGAGAAAUGCAUUACAUCAAUGAAAUGUAUUAAAUUGGUAAAAAUCUGUUUUUGUCAGAAAUGUUCUUCUAUGGAAUUUGUUUCACAUUAGACAAAAAGGGCUUGGCAUUUAGUGUGUCCGAUAUUUUCACCUUUUUCAAGACUACUAGCUUCUAAAUUUUGUUCUUUGCUUAAAUUUUAAAAUAAUUUUAAUUAUUAUGUACAGAGAACUUCAAAUGAAAGUACAUACACACAGUUUCUUUUUGUAAUAAUUAUUUUAAUUGUUUAAGAGUUGUGUUUGUGUAUCUGUUGUAGUUUAAUGAUAACAUUAAAAUCAAUAACGAUAUUUUUUAAAUCAUGUUUAGUGUGUUAAUAGCUCAGCCGUGAAGAUAUCCAGAUUUGUAUUUAAUUUAUUAUUACCAUAACUAUGCUUAAAGUGUGCAGAAUGUUGAUGAAUAUCAGUAGACAGUAUCAGAACUGUUUCUUCACAUCAGCAUAUUCUUCUCCAAGAGUAAAAGUUUUAAGAAAAGUCAUUUUACCACACCAGCAUUUUGUGGUGUUGGACAUGAUUUUAAUUUAUAUUUUUUAAAAAUUUUGAGCUUGGUUCAAGUGUUCAAUUUUUAUUCUGUAAAAGCUUACUUUCAAAAGUGAGUAAAAGAAAAACUGGUUGACAUAUUACAUUAUGUAAUAUGGCAUACAAAGAGCUGUCUGUAUUUUGUUUUGUUUUUACACUAAUGUACACUGAGCAGUAAAUUUAGUUCUAGUUCUUUAUAUGCAGAUUUAUUCUGAUAUUAUGAAUAACUUGUCUGUAAAUUUACAGAAACAUCUGGAAGCCUUGGUGUUACAUGCAAUCAAAAAAAGUAUGAAAGUAAAUUACAAUGAGUUUGUA